GAGAGAGAGAGAGAGAGAGAGAGAGAGAGAGAGAGAGAGAGAGAGAGAGAGAGAAGAGAGAGAGAGAGAGAAAGAGAGAGAGAGAGAGAGAGAGAGAGAGAGAGAGAGAGAGGGAGAGAGAGAGAGAGAGAGAGAGAGAGAGAGAGAGAGAGAGAGAGAGAGAGAGAGAGAGAGAGAGAGAGAGAGAGAGAGAAGCAGAUUCCUCUGGAUUCCUGAGAAAAAUAAUCUUUGUAUCUGUGACUGUCCUUUAAGUCAGUCCCCCUCCCCUUUUUCUUUCCACUUCUUUCAGUCUGUCUGCCUGUCUAUGUAUCUAUCCAUGUAUUUGUCCCUACCGAGAAACAUUCCUAGAAGCUGCAUAUUUGCAAGAGCCGGGAAGAAACUCGAGGAUGCUUAAAUUUUCACAGUGACACGAAUUCUGACAGCCCCAGGGAAAACACACAUUCACACAUAGACAUACAACAACAACAAUCAAAAUCCACCUGUCACAGCGACAGAGGCUCGCAGGCGGGAGAGAGGCACCCAAGAGAAGAGAAAGCUACAGGCCGAGACUUGAUCAGAGCCAACCAGCCCCUUCGCUCCAAGACUGUCAGCAUGAGCAAGCCGACGGGAUCAACAAGUCGUAUUUUAGACAUCCCCUGUAAGGUGUGUGGGGAUCGCAGCUCUGGAAAGCACUAUGGAGUAUAUGCCUGUGAUGGGUGCUCAGGUUUUUUCAAACGGAGUAUAAGGAGGAAUCGUACCUAUGUCUGCAAAUCUGGAAACCAGGGAGGCUGCCCAGUGGAUAAGACGCACAGAAACCAAUGUAGGGCUUGUCGCUUGAAGAAGUGUUUGGAAGUCAACAUGAACAAAGAUGCUGUGCAACAUGAGCGAGGACCCAGGACGUCUACUAUCCGCAAGCAGGUGGCCCUGUAUUUCCGUGGCCACAAGGAGGAGAACGGUGCAGCCCCUCACUUCCCUUCCGCAGCCCUGCCGGCCCCGGCUUUCUUCACUGCAGUCACGCAAUUGGAACAACAUAACCUGGAACUGGCGGCGGUGUCUGGUACCCCAGAGAGGCAAACACUGGUGGGACUGGCUCAGCCCACGCCCAAGUAUCCCCAUGAGGUGAAUGGAGCCCCCAUGUAUCUCUAUGAAGUAGCUACUGAGUCUGUAUGUGAAUCAGCUGCCAGACUGCUUUUCAUGAGCAUUAAAUGGGCGAAGAGUGUUCCAGCCUUCUCCACUCUGUCCUUGCAAGAUCAGCUGAUGCUUUUGGAAGAUGCUUGGAGAGAACUGUUUGUUCUAGGAAUAGCACAAUGGGCCAUUCCAGUUGAUGCUAACACUCUACUGGCUGUAUCUGGCAUGAAUGGCGAAAAUACAGAUUCCCAGAAGCUGAGUAAGAUCAUCUCUGAAAUCCAGGCUUUGCAAGAGGUAGUGGCCAGAUUCAGACAACUUCGGCUGGAUGCAACUGAAUUUGCCUGUCUCAAAUGCAUUGUCACUUUUAAAGCUGUACCUACACACAGUGGUUCUGAACUCAGAAGUUUCCGGAAUGCGGCCGCGAUUGCAGCACUUCAGGAUGAAGCUCAGCUAACACUUAACAGUUAUAUCCACACCAGGUAUCCCACUCAACCUUGUCGUUUUGGGAAACUCCUAUUGCUUCUGCCAGCCUUACGCUCCAUUAGCCCAUCAACAAUAGAAGAAGUGUUUUUCAAAAAAACCAUUGGCAAUGUGCCAAUUACGAGACUGCUUUCAGAUAUGUACAAAUCCAGUGAUAUCUAAUCUCUGCCGAACAUGCACGGUCUUCAGGAUGGACAAUGUCAGAUGAACUUUUACCUUUGGAGAACAAGCCUCAACUAACAAAACCUUCAGGAAGCAUAAAUCUGGGAAUGUGUAGCCUUUGUGGGAAAAAAAUGAAAAUAAUUAAUUGGCACAAGACUAUUCCAGUAGAUAUGACCUGCUGCCUCUACAGAAGAUUGUAGAUCUGAAGAAAGGACAAUUGCUUAAUAGGACACCCAGAGUAAAGAGAACUCAUCAAUUCCCUUUCCCUGUGGGAGGGAUCCAUGAUUGCUGGUUGCCACUGGCCAUGCUAUUCUAUCACUCACCAGGAAGAUGAUUCUGAAAAAACAAAAGCCAAAAUAAAGUAUUUCAUUUUUCCUAUUCAGUAUAUGAAGUUGGGUUACCAAAAAUUGCUCUGGAGGUAAUACACUGUAUUGCAGCCUUCAGAAUGGUAACUUACAUUGACAAAUUCAUUCCUAAUACAAUGGGCAACAUUCUAAAUCAAAUACUUCACCAAACACUUUCCUUCUGUUGUAAGAUAUCAUGAAGUGGCCUUCAUAAUGAGUUGAAAAGUGUUUUAUGGCAUUGAUUCUUUUUUUUCCUCCUUUUUUAACAAUUGAAGGCCAGGCAAUCCUAUUAAACUAACUGGUGAACAAAAAUGACUCUCUCAUCAGGACUGCAGUUUGGAUAACAUCUCAAAGACAGAAGAGUUUUAUAAAAAAGAAUACAAGUCAAAGAAGGAAGGAUAAAACAGCAAAACCAAAUAAAGCAGAGAUGUCUCACUGAGUGAGCUGAUUGCUGUCCCGUUGGCAUAGUGCUGAAACCAAAGGCAAUGGGGUCCGAACUCUUGGUCCAAUGAGACAUGCAGAACAGCAAUUGAAUAUAAACAACAUGCUAGAAUGAACUUCAAAGAAAUAGACACUAAAGGUUUCUUAACUGAUAAACUGCUAACAGUCUCUGAGACUCUACAAUGCCUUUCAGAAAACUUUGGGUUCUCAGUAAAGCCUUGUUCACACACACGCCCACAUAUAUACUCUCUCUCUCUCUCUCUCUCUCUCUCUCUCUCUCUCUCUCUCUCUCUCUCUCUCUCUCUCUCUCUCACUCACUCUCUCUCACUCUCUCUCUCUCUCUCUCUUUCUCCUUCCCCCCUCCCUCUCUCUUUCUCUUAAUCUCUCCUCUUUCUCUCUCUCCAUGUCUCCUCUCUCUCCAUCUCCCCCCUCCAUCUCUCUCCCUCUUUCUCUUCUCUCUCUCUGUCCUUCCUUCUCUUCUCUCUCUCUGUCCUUCUCUUCUCUUCUCUUCUCUUCUCUUCUCUUCUCUUCUCUUCUCUUCUCUUCUCUUCUCUUCUCUUCUCUUCUCUUCUCUUCUCUUCUCUUCUCUUCUCUUCUCUUCUUCUCUUCUCUUCUUUUCUCUUCUCUUCUCUUCUCUUCUCUUCUCUUCUCUUCUAUUUCUCUCUCUCUCUCUCUCUCUCUCUCUCUCUCUCUCUCUCUCUCUCUCUCUCUCUCUCUCUCUCUCUCUCUCUCUCUCCCCUUCCUCCUCUCCCCCCACCCUCAACACAACCUUACAUUAUACGCUGCUUCUUUGAUAUGAGACUAUACUUAUGGAAAUGUAGAAACAAACAUUUGAAGAUAGCUGCUGUACUUUUCAUGUUUUGAUUUGUUAUUAGAUACUAGCCCUGAGAAAAAUCAGCACUUGGCCUAUCAUAGGAUGAGUAAAACUUUUCUUGUACAAAGUGAAUUAACAGAUUUGUGAAGUUAAAAAGUUGUACUCAUUGUAUUUACAAAGAAUAAAAAUAUAUUGAAUUUAAA